AUCGUGCGGCAGCGGCGGCGGCGGCGGCAAGUGUGAAACUAGCGCGCCGCGUGCCUCAUGCUUCAAGGGUCCCGAUGCGCAGGUGGGAUCGAGGGGAUGGCGCAACGCAGGCGGAGCACAGAGCAUCGCGUGCACUAAAGAAACAUUGUUGCCUUUGCAAACCUCCAACGUGGUCAGAACAAUCCUCACAUAUUGAACGUCGAUGCUACAUAAAGCCUCCAUACUGCGACCGAACGGCGCACCACGACCAGCAUUCUCGCUCGAGCCGUGGGGCCUCAUAGGCCACAUCCUCAGUCAUGGGCAAUGUUAGCAGCAGAGCUGAAGAUGGCGCACCUAUCCUUCUUCGUGACCCGCAUAGAUUCUCGGUUGCUAACGUGACCAUCACCAAUUCUCGCGGCCAGACAUUGCUUCGAGUAGCGCCUAAUGCAUUUCCGGCAAGCAGAUACAAUGCGCAAAGAGACAUGGGGGAUGACAGUCCUAUAGAAUACGUGCAGGAUCCUGACAGUGUCGCAAACGGACAACCGUCUUUCCUUGUGCGCCUACAGAACAGCGAUGAGCUCCUCUUCAGCUUCACCUUCAUAGUGCGACAGCAGGGCCCCGUCAGCGUAGCAGCAACUAAUGGCGCUCCUGUUCCGAACUCUUCAGCGGAUACACAGAUUGCUGGCCUUACAUACAUCUUCGCCUCAAACCCGAGAGAAGUAGACAACCUCACCGUGCGCGAAUUCCACUCCGACCCGAACCUGCACAAGAAUCCGAACGUCGAGCUCGUGGGAGAUUACAGCACGGGCGGCAGUCCUAGCGUCCAGUUCAGCUGGCUGUGGAAAUGGCGGCCUCCGAAGAUUGCAGAGGAUCGCGGAAGUGGGUGGCGCAACAGCUGCAGCUUCGUCGAGUACGACCAAAGAGCGCACAGGCUGAACACGUUGGCGAGCUUCAGCUUCUGGGUCCAGAACACGCAGCGGUAUUUGACACCGAGGUCGCCGCGAUUAGAGAUUAGUUUGCCGCCCCGGCUUAGGGUGCCAUCAGCGCAGUCCAUCGAGUCACGGGUCAGUAAUGUGAGCGAUUCAGAAGGCGAAGGGAGCUAUAAGGACUACAAAGAGCCGCAGUCGCCUACCUUCGAGACAAUACCCGAGGAUAGACAGGCGCUUGGAUUAUCUCAGGUGUCUACCUCCCAGUCAAUGGCAACAGAGAAUACCGUCAAGGUUGACGUUGCGACAUGCAAGCCUGGAGACGACCCAUCCGUUAACGAGGAUGGACCUGUCUUUCGCGCCACGAUGCGAUCACUGGAGCAGAAGACCGGCCACAUGCGUUUGCGGAUGAAAAAGGUGUUGCGUACCGCGGAGGCUGCCGAGUCCGCACAGCAGGCUUGCAACCAGGCUAUCAGCGACUUUACGGAGGCGUUACGGGAGGCAUCAAGCUCGAAUGCAAAUGCCGUGCGCCCAGCGCUGGAUCAUUACUUCGAGAAGAUCGCCAAAGAGAUACUGCACUACGAACGACAGAAUACAUACAACCUGCAGAAGCUUAUCAUCGAGCCGAUCAGUAGACUAUAUAAUCUGGAGAUUAAGCAAGCAGAUACCAAGAAGAAAGAAUUCGAUGAGGAAAGCAAAGAGUACUACGCUUACGUGGGCAAGUACUUGGGCCAGCGGAGCGAGUCCGUCAAAGAGAAGUUUGCAAGGCAGAAGCAUACCGAUGAGAAGUAUCAAGCCAAGCGACGCACCUUCGAGCUGAAACGAUUCGAUUAUUCCAGCUUCAUGCAUGAUCUACACGGUGGUCGCAAGGAUCAGGAGGUGCUGUCACAAUUGACCAAGUACGCUGAAGCACAGGCACGAGGCUAUCUCACGACCGCCAAGAAAGUCGAGGAGAUGAUGCCGCAGUUAGAAGCUCUGGCGGCGGAAGUUAAGGUGGCAGAUCAAGAUUUCCAGCUUCAACGGACAGAGCGAGAGGAGAAGCGGCGGGUUUUGGAGAAGAAUUCGAAAGUGAUUAACGAGGAGGGCGCCGCUGCACCGCCAGGUCUCUCUUACUCCUCCUCAGUGACGCACAGCAACGGACUACGUGCUGGUGAACAGGAUACGGUUCGAUCACCAAGUUACGGAGGAAGUCUAGGCUUUUCCCAGUCACCACCAACAACCGCUUCGGGUUCGCUUGCCGUGCAAGCACCGACAAGCGGCACGCUGAGUGCGCCGAUAAGUGCGGUCAGCUCCACCGCUAGUCCAAACAGCAAGUUCAAAGGCAUUCGCGACCUCGAGGACGGCCAGUCUGCGACAAUGAAUGGCGGUAUUCACCGAAAAGAAGGGCUACUGUGGGCGCUCAACAGACCUGGAAGCAAUUUGGACCCCAAAGGUGUGGUGAAGCCAGGCUGGCACAAGUUCUGGAUCGUCCUCGACGGUGGCAAGCUUUCCGAAUACGUAAACUGGAAGGAGAAGUUGGACUUGCACAUGGAUCCCAUCGAUCUGCGCAUGGCUUCGGUCCGCGAGGCACGGAAUACCGAACGUCGCUUCUGCUUCGAAGUAAUCACACCAUCCUUCACGCGUGUUUACCAGGCUUUUACAGAGGACGAUAUGCGAUCGUGGAUCGCAGCGAUCAACAAUGCCUUGCAAAGCGCGUUUGAGAAUAGGAACAGCACGCAGCCGAGCUCACCGAGUCCGUCGCCACAGGGUGCAGGCAAUAGGAAGGACAUAGCUGCCGUACUGACUGGGAAGAGCUCUUCCUUUUCCGGACACCGCCAGAUCUCCAAUCCUAACAGGACACAGGCGGAGAGAGCGGUCAGUCGACAUUCUACUACCGGCGACAAGCCGGCUUACAAGCGCACUGACAGCAGCGAACCGGAGCCUUCGGCGCUCUUACAACGCAUACGAAGUGCAGAUGAAGGCAACAGAUUCUGCGCCGACUGUGGGUCGGAAAGCAAAGUCGACUGGUGUUCGAUCAAUCUUGGCGUGUUACUGUGCAUCGAGUGCAGCGGCAUUCACCGGUCACUUGGAACUCACAUCUCGAAAGUACGGUCGCUCACGCUGGACACGUCCGUCUUCACACCCGACAUCGUUGAGUUGCUCCUCCUUAUCGGCAACCGUGUAAGCAAUAUGAUCUGGGAGGCGAGACUCGAUCAAUUCCUCAAACCUUCGCCGCAUUCAACUCGCGAGCAACGGCUACACUUCAUCACAGCCAAGUAUAGCGACCGCAUGUAUGUGCUGAGUGCGAUGACGACACAAGCACCCGACGACCACAUGUUGACAAGUAUUAAGAGGAACGACAUACAGCAGGUCUUGCAUGCGUUGGCUUUGCGUGCGAACCCAAAUGCACAUGAUCGGUCACGGUCAACGCAUGCGGUAUUCUUGGCACUGGCUGCGGCGGAUCCGGCAUCGCCAGGUGGCAGCUCCUCAAGCUUCUCACACGCGCACUCUUCAUCUCUAUCUACAAUCUCCAGAAAGCCCAUCGGAAGCUCAUCACCACCGCCAAGACCUACGACCCCAACGCGAAAGCCGUUCGCCGUUGCCGAGCUACUACUCCAGAAUGGAGCCGACAUUCCAGCCGAACAGGCGCCCUUCCCGCUUUCGGAGGCGGCAAAGAUGUACCUCGAGAUGAAAAAUGACCAAAAGCUCGGCAAGAUGCCGCAAGCAGGCGUCCAAGAUGUGCACGGCGACUCAUUGUCCGUCUUGCCGAACUUCACAGUGGGCGGCGGUAGCGUCUCACCUAGCGAGCGCAUGGCGCGGGAAAGGGAGAGAUUGCUUAAGCGGCAUAGUGGGACAAGGCCUGGUCGACCCAGCCUGGCGGCUGAUGCUAUUGAGAGCCUGGUGAAGAAGUAACGAUGCUUUGCCAACUUUGCUCUAAACCUGGUUUACGACGCAGUGCGCUAACAUUGCGCAACACCUUGCAGGCACGUCCGUGAGCGGUCCCAUGACCUCAGAGCCCGGCUGCGGCGAUACGACAGUCGGUCUUUCGACACCAUCACACUCGAUGGAGUCGUCGACUUGUUCGUCGGCGUCGCGACGCGUGAGUCGUCAAGUAUAGCGAAGGAGAAUGCCCGACCGCAUCUUCUAACUUUGGCUGCGGCGAGACGGCUGUGGGAGAGGAGGACGAGGGCGAAUACGGCACCUGCGCGGCUGGAGAGUGGUGGGAUGGAUGUGUGAGAGGUAGCAGCCACCUUCCGCAACAGCGUUCAGGAUGGACGUCGAGUAUUACUAUGAGGUACAGAAUAAUGCUUAAUGGAUAAUGAAUGUCAAGCCUUGAUUAUAGCAAGCGCUCUCUUCCCUCAAGCUUGUCAUCAAAUAGUACCCGCA